AUUGUAUUAAAUCUUUAUAGGUAAAUGAUUUGCAGUCAUGCCUGCAUGGAAAUAACACUCUAUAAAAAGAAGUUACUUAAAUCUGGAAGAUUUUUUUUUUCACUCGAUGCAAAAUAAGGGAUCUGCUUGUUUCGUAACCUGCCACAAUUUUCACUCAAAGCAUGAUCUCCGGGAACUAAGCAGUAAUUCCUCUUUCAGAUACCAGAAAGUGCAUGUAUGGAUAUACAGUAGGUUUGGUUUUUGAGAAAAAUCUAACAAAGGAUUCACCAUCAGUACGCCAUCUUACUCUUGGAUAUACCUGUAGUGCUUGAAUCCAAACCCUUGUAAAACCUUUAUUACUUCGUGUUCUGUUGUAGUCAGAGGUUUGAUUAGAAAUGUUGGGGGAGAGCUUCAUACUCAUGUUAAACAUCAGAGAGGAGGCUGUGUGUUCAUCAGACAUUACAUGCACAUCAUUCUCUUCUUCUGCUGAUGGUGUUUUUACACAGUUUAAAGACACACUAUCAUCUCUCGUGCCAGGAUCAGUUGUCAGGCCUGUGCAGAAACUCUCUGAGUCCAAAUCUCCUCACCACAGAUCUGAUCUCUACAUCUCAAAUCAUGAUGAAAAGCCCUAUGUAAGCCUGAGUCAACCUGAGGAGUCUAAUGCUAUCUUUGACAAUCUGUCCUUAGACCUGCAACUGAAUACAAUCACAGACAGCAAGCAGGUUUAUCCUCUUUCAACAAAACCACGAGAAUGGCACAUCUCAGACCCGAUUAACUCUGUCCCCCUGCAGCAUCAUUUCAUACCAGCAUCAGUGCCUCUCAAGCAGGAUGACAUCCCUGAUGAUGGCUACCUUGUCAUGGAUAGCAGCAUUAUGCUCAAUGGGGGGCCACCAACUAACUCCAUGCUCAACGGUUACCUGGACAAGAAGCUUCAAGAAGUUUAUAGCCAGUAUUUGCAGGAGAGGCUGACAUAUCCUGGAUCUUCACCAGAUUGCAGUCUUCUCCAUCCCUUUCAGCAGAAGAGCCUUAUUCACCUCAGCCAACCACUAAACAUGGACUCAAGUCUGGAGCCAGAGACUAGACAAAGUCAGGGAGCUGUCAGUCAACAGGCCAGCUCCAACUUCAGCUCCCCAGUACUGCGCAUUUCCAAUGCAGAAUAGCCCAUAAAGCCUAUAGGCACUUUAUGUAUCUGUGAGUGGGAGAAGAAAACUUAUAUACGCAAACAUACACACAAAUAUACAAGAAUGAGUAUAAUAAAAUCCUUAAUUUUGCAUUUUGCAUUGAUUAUAGCAAAUAGGUAUCACAGAAGCAUAGCAAUUCCUGCGUCAUUACAUUUAUCAACUGCCCUUUUAUGAGUAUUGUUCAUUUUAUGAACUGUGUGCUUUUUCAGAGACAAAAUAUGUGGUCCCAAAAUAUUAUUCGUUGU